UGGCGGCGGCGUCGUGGACGCGGCGGAGAUGAGCGCCCGUGGCCCCAGGCCCAGGGCGGCGCUGCCGGAGUGGGCGGGGGUCCCGAUGCAGGCCCGAGGGGGGCCAUGGGGCAGGUCCUGCCGGUCUUCGCCCACUGCAAAGAAGCUCCGUCUACAGCCUCUUCUACCCCGGAUUCCACAGAAGGAGGGAAUGACGACUCGGAUUUUCGGGAGCUGCACACAGCCCGGGAAUUCUCAGAGGACGAGGAGGAGGAGACCACAUCGCAGGACUGGGGCACCCCCAGGGAGCUGACCUUUUCCUACAUCGCCUUCGACGGCUUGGUGGGCUCUGGGAACCGUAGAGACUCAAUUGCCCGUCGCCCCCGGCCCCAGGGACGUUCAGUCUCAGAACCAAGGGACCCACCCCCACAGCCCGGCCUGGGUGACAGCUUGGAAAGCAUCCCUAGCCUAAGCCAGUCCCCAGAGCCGGGGCGCCACGGUGACCCCGACACCGUGCCUCCAGCUGAGCGCCCACUGGAGGACCUGAGGCUGAGGCUGGACCAGCUGGGCUGGGCUGCCCGGAGUGCGGGAUCCGGGGAGGAUUCGGCCACCAGCAGCUCCACCCCGCUGGAAAACGAGGAGCCUGAUGGAUUGGAGGCCCGCGACACGGGGGAAGAGACGAACCUGGAACUCGGACUUGCUCAGCCUCUACAUUCGCAACUUGAGGUCCUGACUCCUCAUCCUAGCCCCAGCUCCGGGACCCCGCGGGCGCACACCCCAUCCCCACCGAGGUCUCGAGAUUCUAACUCCGGUCCUGAGGAGCCUCUGAUGAACGAGGAAGAAGAGCACUGGCGGCUGCUGGAGCAGGAGCCAAUCACGGCACGACGCCUCGAUGGCGCAGACCAAUCAGAAUUCACGUUGGAGCCGCUUCUUCUAGUGGCAGACUUGCUGUAUUGGAAGGACACCAGGACGUCAGGAGCCGUCUUCACGGGCCUCAUGGCCUCUCUCCUCUGCCUCCUGCACUUUAGCAUCGUGUCCGUGGCUGCACACCUGGCCCUGUUGGGUCUCUGUGCCACCAUCUCUCUCAGGGUUUACCGCAAAGUGCUGCAGGCCGUGCACCGGGGCGAUGGCGCCAACCCUUUCCAGGCCUACCUGGACAUGGACCUGACCCUGACUCGCGAGCAGACAGAACGCUUGUCCCAGCAGAUUGCCUCCCAGGUGGUCACCACAGCCAAACAGCUGCGGCAUUUCUUCCUGGUGGAAGACCUGGUGGAUUCUCUCAAGCUAGCUCUGCUCUUCUACAUCUUGACCUUUGUGGGAGCCAUCUUCAACGGCUUGACUCUUGUCAUCCUAGGAGUGGUCGCUUUGUUCACGGUCCCUCUUCUAUACAGAGAACAUCAGGCCCAGGUCGACCAGUAUGUGGGGUUGGUGACCAGUCAGUUGAGCCACAUAAAAGCUAAGAUCCGAGCUAAGAUCCCGGGGACAGGAACCCUUGCCUCAGCAGCAUCUGCGGUCUCCGGAUCCAAAGCCAAAGCCGAAUAAGAGGGGUGUCUCUGCCCAAGGGACGCCUGUCCACACCCCAGCAG